UACAUGGUGUCCCUGCCAUGACAACCAGCCUUGUGUUGUCCUUUGGAACCAAAGGUCACUGCCAUAAUCAAGAGAAUUUAUGACCAGCAGUCCACAUUUCACUCCACCCAGGAAGGUAGCUCAUACACAGAAUCUUUAGAGGAUCAGAGGGUCUUAAUCUGCUUCUGAGGCUUCAUCAGAGCUUUAGAGAAGAAACGCUGGGAUUUAGAUUUAACUAGUACAACUGGAAUACAGCGAUAAUGCCUUCCACUAAGAAGUCUUUGCAUUUCAUAUCCAGUGCGGCGGUGACUGCCAUAUCUGUCGGGGUGCUGGGGUUUUGCAUGUCAACACAGUGGGCUUUCACCUCCAUGGAGUGCACAAGUGUUGGAGACGACUUUACCAAUGGAACAGCUGAUAUGACAUGGGAUCUUUUUGAUGUGUUUUUGGACAGAAACUUCUGUCCCUCAUUUGGUGGCGAUGACAAGUUUCAAGUGAUUGCCAAGCUGGCAGAAAUCGAGGUAGCCUCUGCAGCCCUGUAUGGUUUGGUGUUGUGCUUGUUGGCCCUGUGUCUGCUGUUCUCUGCCUGCAGCAUCCUUAUCUCCCUCUACAACAGCGUCAGCAACCCUUAUGAGACCUACAUGGGGCCUAUCGGUCUCUACGUCUGCAGCUCGCUUAGCGCAUGUCUGUCCAUUGUGGUCCUCAUCCUGUUUGUGGUGAACAUCACUACCACCAGCAUGGCGGAGGAUUUGGUAAAGAGUUUUCACAAAGAUGCCGAACUGAGGAACAAGACUACAAAGUUGAGGCUGGGAUAUUACCUGACCAUCCUUUACACAGUGCUCUCUCUCUUUGCCAUCGCUUUGAUCUACAUGUACGACCACGCUGCCUACACACACAGGAGGGAACAGCAGAGGCCUACAGAGGACGCACCCAAGGAGAUCAUGAUGUAUUAGGGACAUUAAUACAUUACUCAUCAAGACUUUCUGGAGCAACUUCAAAUUACGGACUGAAAUCAACAGCUAUACAUAAACCCAAUGAUGUGUUUGUGUCUGAAACAAAAGUUUUCAUAAAAUAAG